GUUGACUGUACUGGUAGGAAUUCAUUUCCCGAGAGUGUUGUCAAUUAAUGGACACUGGGAAAAUGCUGUUCCUAUUGAUAAUUAGCCUUUCUUUGCUGACAACAACAGCCUCUGGAUAUAAAUCUUAUAUUGUGUUAUGUCCGGACACAAUACGGCCUGGAAUGGAAUUCAACGUUCAGUUGAAUAAACUUGAUUCAGAUCUUCCAAAGAUGUUGUUCAUGGCCGAAAUCCUAAACAAGAAGGGAAGCGUUGUCAGGGAGGAAAUAACGGUGUCAGCAGGUACAAUGAACUCAAACCUUGUCUUGAACCUGCCAUGGGACCUGCAAAACUCUGCAUACAGAUUAGAGGUUAAUGCAGAAGACCGUGAUGGAAUGACCCUUUUCAAGAACUCGACUGAUCUCAAUUAUAUGCAGAAGGGGAUGUCAGUAUUUAUACAAACAGAUAAGGCCAUUUAUAAACCCGGACAGAAAGUUCAGUUUCGAACGUUUGGGGCCAAUCCAGACCUAACUUUGGUGUUUGGAAAAAUGGAUAUCUCUAUAUAUGAUAUAAAUAAUAACAAGAUAAGUCAGUGGUUGGGAGUGGAUGAUCCUAGUGGAGUGUUCCAGGGGGAAUUACAAUUAUCUGACCAACCACCACUCGGCGACUGGAGAAUAGAAGUUGACUUUAGUGGUUCAUCAGAGUCGAUGACAUUCACUGUGGCAGAAUACGUUUUACCCAGGUUCGAAGUCUCGGUUACAGUCCCUAGUUUUGGUGUUAUGUCCGACAAGUACUUGACCGGUAAAGUUGAGGCAAAAUACACAUUUGGAAAAGGAGUAGAAGGAAAUGGGACCCUCGUCAUCAAACAAAAAUAUAGUUAUCGUGGAACAAAAGAAUUAAGCCUGUCUUUCAAGAUAAACGGCGUUUACAAAUUCAUUAUUGACAUGAAAACUCUGGUUGAUACACUGGGAAGUCUAAACUACGCAACUCUCGAGUUAGUCGCAAAAGUUGAGGAAGGUCUCACGGGUAAUACAAGAACGGGAUCUGCGGAGAUUCAAUACUUCGAUAGAGAAGAGAAACUAGUAUUCAUGGAUGGAGCUGAUAAUUUUAAACCUGGGUUGAAAUACACUUGUUACCUUUUCUUAUCGGACCAAGAUGACAAGCCCAUAUCUACGAGGGACUCUCAGGUGAAUGUUACUGUGACUAUGCAUUACGGAACAAAGAGCCCCGAGCCCAUUCCUCUACCAGAACCGAUACCUAUGCCGUUAGACAAGAGGAUUGCGUUUCCACUUCCACCGACGACAACGCGCCCCGAACAAAAGCACGUGCUGGGACCAAAGACAUUGAAUGUCCCGAAAAAUGGAAUUGUACCUUUUACCUUCUCAAUUCCAAUAUACAUAACACAAAUCACAAUAGAUGCAAAGUUUGAGAAGCUGCAGACAUCAAAGUGGCUUAAUCAAUUCCAGUCAACCAGUCGUACUUACAUUCAAAUAUCUGUGAAAACUCGGAACCCACAAACUGGCAAAAAGUGCAGUUUCAAAGUUCAAUCAACAGUUUCAAGAAUCAGAGUGAACUAUUUGAUUAUUUCUAAAGGUCUGCUUGUCAAAGAAGGUAUAUUAAAAUUUAAAGGGAAGAAAAAGACAAAAUCUCUCAAGAUCAAACUAACUGCCGACAUGGCGCCGUCGGCGAGAUGCAUUGUUUACUGGACAAAAGAGGAUGGCGAAAUAAUUGCUGACUCGGUUCAGUUCGAAGUAAAAGGAAUAUUUAAGAAUAAGGUAGACAUAGAUUAUUUAAAACCAAAUGGUAGAAAAACAGGACGUGAACAACCCGGCAAGAACAUCCUCAUUCGAGUAAAUGCGGAUCCUGGUUCACAGUGCAACGUUCUUACAGUAGACAAAAGUGUUCUGUUGCUAAAAUCCGGAAACGACAUAACCCCUUCCAAGGUAGAGGAUGAACUCGAUACAUAUGACAGUCAAGCCCCACCACCGUGUAAAGGUUUCUUUCCGUGCUGGAGAUCGUUCUAUCCACUUCCGGUUAGCGGUGUUGAUGUAACCGCAAUAUUCCAGAACUCUGGAGUGAGAGUACUUACAGAUGCCUUUCUCUAUAAAUGGCAAAGACCUUUUAACCGAUAUCCUGUAAUGUAUGACGGUAUGAUGGAAGCCCCAAUGAUGAGGAUGAAAGGAGCUCGUGAAGAGGAAAGUGGAGGAGGAGCAGGAUCAGGAUCAGGACCAAGAGUUAGAACGUUAUUUCCUGAAACCUGGGUGUACGAAUCAGUGAAAGCAAAUUCAAACGGAACUGCUAUCAUCAGGACAACCGUGCCAGACACGAUAACAUCCUGGGUGGCGAGUGCUUUCGCCGUCAACAAAAGAAGCGGAUUGGGUGUUGCACCUACGAGCGCUAAUCUUGAAGUAUUUUUGAAGUUUUUCAUUCGCCUGGAACUUCCAUAUUCUGUGAUUCGUGGAGAACAGGUUAUACUUCAAGCUAAUAUCUUCAACUUCUUCGAUACAGACCUUGAGGUAGAAGUUGUUCUGAAGAAGUCUUUUUCUUUCAAAAAUAUAAUCGUACAAAAAGCACGAGCAGGAAAGGCAACACUGGUGUUUAAACAUACACAGAUCACACGGAAAAUCAAGGUAACAGCCGGAGGUGGAACUACCUUAAACUUGCCAAUUCUACCUGUAGAGCUUGGAAGCAUAGACAUAGAAGUCAGAGCGGUUUCAAGUAGAGCUGGCGAUGCUGUUAGAAGGCAGUUACUUGUAGAGCCUGAAGGCAUUUCAGAGAGCUAUAACAUACCAGUCCUUAUCGACCUGCAAAAUUCCUACUCAUUCAAACAAGAAAGGAACAUCACAUUGCCAGACGAUGUGGUCGAAGGCUCAGUUCGUAUAAGAAUAUCAGCUAUUGGUGAUUUGAUGGGGCCAUCAAUAUCAGGUCUAACAAAUUUGUUGAAGAUGUCGUAUGGAUGCGGGGAGCAAAACAUGGUUACCUUUGUUCCGAAUAUCUUUGUCAUCAAAUAUCUAGAUGCAAUAAAAAACCUGAAGACUGAAGAUGAAAAUAAAGCCAAAGGAUUUAUGCUUGUUGGAUACCAAAAGGAGUUGACGUACCAGCAUUUUGACGGGUCAUUCAGUGCAUUUGGAAACAGCGAUCCAUCUGGGAGUACCUGGCUGACAGCCUUUGUGGUUAAGUCAUUUUCUCAAGCCAGGCCAUACAUUUUUAUCGACACUGGUGUAAUGAAGAAGGCCAUUGAUUGGUUACUCAGUAAAUACAAUCCCGGGUCUGGUACUUUCAAUGAACCAGGAAGAGUCAUACAUACGGAAAUGCAGGGAGGUUCUGCUACAGGAGAAAGUAAUCUCGCAAUAUAUACGCUAAUUGCUUUAAUGGAAGCGAAGGAUGCACAGUUUUCCAGCAGCAGACCGGCAGAAAUGACCACUACUAUAUCUGGUGCAAGAAACGCCCUGGAGACAGCAGUUCCUAGCAUGGAAGAUAUCUAUGAGCUUGCUAUUGCAAGUUACGCCUUGGCAUUGGCUAAAAGUUCAAAACUUAAUGCAGUUCUUGCAAAACUGGAUUCAAAGGCAACACAGUCAGGUGGAAUGAAAUACUGGGAGGUACAAGAAGAGCCUGACAUGAGCGGUUUAAAAUGGAUACCACCACAUCAUCAGGCAAGAUCACGUAAUAUUGAAACAACUGCCUACGUUCUGCUAGCGUACGCUACCAGUGGAAAGAUAACUAGUGGUCUGUCAGUCAUUAGAUGGUUAGUAAACCAGCGUAAUCCAAAUGGUGGUUUUGGAUCUACACAGGAUACUGUGAUAGCUCUUCAAGCCCUGGCAGAAUUUGGAGCUCUUAUUCAUUCGGACAAUUUUAAUGUGGAUGUCGACAUAAAUGGCACGCCGAAUUCAUUUAGCCAUACGUUCAACAUUGACGCACAAAAUGCACUGUUGCUUCAGUCGGUUGAUGCUCCGUCUGAUACCACCAACAUUGACAUCAAGGCCACUGGUACGGGAACGGCUCUCGUUGAGAUUGCUGUAAGUUACAAUGUUAUGGCAGACUUCAUGGAACCUCUGUUUGCUCUGCAGUUGUCUUUUACUGACGAGACAAUGUCUGGUUUUAAACUAAAGGUUUGCUUCAGGUGGCUAGGAGAAGGUAAAAGCGGCAUGGCUGUGUUGGAGGUUGGACUGCUGUCAGGAUUUGCCGGUGAUAAGUUUAGCAUUACACAACUAGGAAUAUUGAAACGUGUGGAGGACGGAGACAAGAAACUGGUCAUUUAUUUUGAAGAAAUACCAGGAGAUGAAGAAACAUGCAUUACGAUGCGCAUGCAGCGAGAAGGUCUUGUGGCGGGAUCACAGCCGGCUGUAGUCAAACUUUAUGAUUAUUACGAUACUGACAACCAUGCGUUCAGUAUGUACCAGCCAAAGUUGUUGAAAGAUGCAAAUGUUUGCGGUCUGCUGGAAAAAGAACUUGGAUGCUAAUAAGAUUUGGAAGUAAAGGCGUGUGUAUUGCAUUGUUCUUGAUAUACAAUACAUGAUAAAUAUAUACUGUCAAGUUAA